CAACGAACUACAACUACAUACAUGCUAAGAACAAACCCCACUUGGAAACGCGCCUGUGGAGAGAGAGACAGACAGAUUGACUUCAAGUUCUUCACGAACUCCUCCUCCCUUCGGUUCUCAUUCUUGAGGACUUCCUCUUACCCUUCAAAACUCCUUGCCCUGCGGUUCCUUUGGUUCCUUCAUUGUCAGCCCUCCUGCGGCCUGCCCUGUCACUUUCGGGAUCGUUUCAUACACUUUCAAGAAUGUCGACUGAUCUGAUCUUCUCAGACAUCCACUCCCUGAACAGGGACCAAGCCCUGGACAUUCUUGCCCAGAUCGCACGUGUCGAGAAAAAGAGUUUUCCUGCCACUGAGGGCAUGAGCUUUGGAGAAGAGCUUUGGCGCAAGAAGCCCAACACGAGGGUCCUGUAUGCCCACCUCCCAGGCGCAACUCCCCCGCUGGUUCUGGCUUAUGCGGUCUACGUUCGCCAGAAAGGCAUUGCCCUGCUCCAUAAAGUCUGUGUAGCCGAGACUUAUCGCCGUCGGGGCGUAGGGUUCCAGCUAAUGGGCUACGUUCGCGCUCGUCUGCAAAGGGAAGGUUGUCAGUAUGUCCAGUUAUGGGUGGACAAGGACAGAGCCCCAGCCAGAGCGUUGUACGCCCGCAGUGAUUAUGCAGAGCGCGAAGAAAUCCCAGAUUACUAUGGACCAGGGCGGACUGGCAUUAGAAUGGUCCUGGAUUUGUAGUCAAAUAGCCCUUGAGACCUUGACUUGUUGCUGCUGCCCCUGUCACUCCUGUGGCAUCGCUUGUGUGUCCCCUGGAUAAGCUUGCUUACUCACGACAAGACCAAAAGACGCAAGCGCUUGUUGGUUCCCUCAGGCCAUCUGUCAAAUAUUUGCAAUUCUCCGAGUCAGGGUGUUGACGGUUCAGGCGGUGGUUGGACGCUGGCUCGCUCCUUGGCUUCCCGACGACGCCAUCCCUUGCAGAGGGAGCGAGGCCUACAUUUCACAGAGUGAGCGUUAUCGCGCCGCGAACCAUCAAUCUCUGACCAUUCCCAUACCCAAGU